AAAAUUUAAUUCUAUUAUUAUUACAAGAUUAAGGGACAAUGUCCCUAUACGAGUCAUCACAGAAGAAAUAAAUGUGAACAAAAUGACUGUCCUUAAAGGAGAGAAGAAGAUUCUAGUGACAUUUUAAACAUGACAGUGAUUGUCAAUUUCAAGGGAAAAUUUACAACGCCAAAAUUAUUUUAUUUGUCAAGUGUAUUACUUUUCAAUGGCCGCGACUGUACAGUGUACACAAAAAAAAUUGGAGUAAUUAAAUAAUAGAAUAUGGAAUUAAUUGUAGGUCAGUCACUUCAAAAAAAUAUUUACGUAAAACUGAAAACUACUUUUAAAUUGAAAAGCGUAAAAGAUAUAUUUCAUGUUACGGAUGUCUGAAUUACCGACUGGAAUUUGACAGAAUAACAGCCAAGUUUUUGACAAUUAUUAAUCCUGAUUUGUGAAUAUUUAUUUAUAUCGCUUAUAUUUGAGAUAAUAAGUCUUAUAUACAAGAGUGUGAGUCACGACUGGGUUCAAGAAAGUUAGGUACACAUGUGAGAAUAAAAUGGCCACUGAACCACUGGUAGUCCAGGCCGUUUAUCCUUUCAAAGGAUCGAAUAACGAUGAGCUGUGCUUCAAGAAGGGUGACCUCAUCACAGUCACCCAGAAAGACGAUGGGUGGUGGGAAGGCACUCUCAAUGGAAAAACAGGCUGGUUCCCCAGCAAUUACGUCAAGGAAUCCAAAGGUUACAAACUGCUAAAUAAUGAAUUCUCCCAAAUUAUUGUUUUCAUUGUAGAUGCCCCAAAACCCGUAAUGGUGCAACAAAAUCAGUACAAAAGCGUUGUAUUGAAAGACCUGAUAGACUCGGAGAAGGCCCACGUCACCGAACUUGAAAGUUUAGUCACAAACUUUUUACAACCUCUGGAAAAAAGCGCUAUAUUGACCAAUGAUGAGUACAAACAGUUGACUGGGAAUAUCGCGGAGGUCCUAGAUACGCACCAACAAUUAUUAAAACUGAUGGAGGCAGAACAGGCCAAGCCGGGCCUGGAGCAGAGAGUAGGCCGCUUAUUUCUCACCUGGGCCCCCAGGAUUAAGGCUGUUAAUCAGGCCUAUUGCGCCCACCACCCCAAGGCGGCCUGUAUCUUGGAUCAGUACAAAGAAGAGUUGACGAAAUAUAUGGAAUCUCGAGGCGCUACUAGUCCUGGCGUCCUCGUUCUGACGGUCCUCCUCAGUAAGCCCUUCCGCCGUCUUGAUAAAUAUUCAGGCAUGCUUCAAGAACUCGAACGUCACGUCGAAGAGUGUCAUCCCGACCGCGGUGACACCCAGCGAUCCGUCGCCGUUUACAAGGACAUCGCUACUACAUGUGCCGCCACUCGCCGCCAGAAAGAGCUCGAACUUCAAGUCCUCACGGGACCGGUUCGGGGCUGGGAGGGCCCUAGUUUAGCAGCUUUGGGCGACAUAAUUUACAUGGGUUCGGUGGCAGUCGGACCCCAACACCACGACCGAUACUUUGUGAUGUUUCCGACGACUUUGCUGAUAUUAUCUGUGAGUCAUCGACUCAGUGCUUUUAUCUAUGAGGGUAAAUUACCAUUGUCUGGUUUGGUGGUGAAUCGAUUGGAGGAUAACGAACAGUAUAAAAACGCCUUUGAGAUCAGCGCUCCCAUGAUCGAGAAAAAAAUCGCCGUGUGUCAAAGUAAGAUUGAGGCGAAUCAUUGGGUGGAAUUGUUGAGAAAACAUAUGCCGAAGAAUGCCACAAGUAAUAAUCAGAAAGUCGCCCCCAGUCAGGCACAAUUUGUGCCCCAACCGCCCCCGCAUCUUAACCAACGCGGUUAUUCAACCAGAGUGUCGGUUUUGUGCUACCAAAAUUCGAUCGAAUACGAAACGACGUACCCCCCUGAGACAUACCCUCCAUGUGCCCCUUUCGCGUCUCUCACCAAAUACUUCUCAAAGUGUAUUAAAGAUAAAUUAAUCACUCGUAAACUCUUGAAACAAUUACUCUAUCCUGAGUAUUUGAAUCGAAUGAACUUGGCCAUGGUAAGGAUAAGACACCAUAAGUCCGAAUGCGUCAUAAUAGCAAAGUCGGCGCAGUGUCGGAUCAGUGUGAUAAAUUGUGAUAGUGACUCUGAUGAAGAGUCGGACAGUAACGAAACGCUAAUUAAAAGACAAAACGCGAUUAUCCAAUCGGAUUCUUCCGGAAGUAGUUCGAGUAAUCCGUUCGGUUAUAUUCGGUAUUACAACCCCCAGACGAAUGAAAUUGCAACAAAAUACGAAAGUUUCAUCGAUUACGGCGACGUGAAGAUGGCAGAAGAGCCGAAAAGUGUCAUUACAAGUGCAAAAUUCGAACUGAUCAAGCAAGCGUCGGAAAAUUCCGAAGCGAGUUCGGGAAUAGUACCGAAACCAUUUGGAGCUUGUGAGGAUCUAGUUAACUUGGAUGGGAGCAUAUCACGUGACACGCUUGAUGUACCGAAACGAUAUGUCCCGCUUGUACGUCAGAGUUGUCCGACGAAACUUGUCGGAAAUAAAUUCAGUUCGAGCAGUUUGACGACUAUCUACAUCCCGGGAUGGUCAAACAGUGAUACCAACAUAAAUAGGAGAAUUAACUACGACCUGGAGGAAAACGAUAGUAGUACUACUACUCACUCGAGCAGUCUCGAAUUGCCUCUAAACACCGUUCCUCUACCUGAUAAAAUCGUCGCCGAAUUGUUGUACAAUUUCGAUAGUGAAGAGAGUGACCCCCCAUCGACCCAAACCGUGAUCAAGCCCCCAACCAUGUUCGCGAAUGAAUUCCAAAAGCCUUUCAGUAUUACUCGCAGACGUUCCAGUAUUCAAAUCAACCCCCAGGAUCUCAAACAAGGCCCCGUGAGACGCUGUGUCAGUUCCAAAUAUUUGCGGAUGUCUCCAUCAUAUUGUCGGGGCUGUGUCGAGUGUCACAGCCCCCGGUCGUCCGAUUCUGGCAUGGCCGGAAGUUGCACUCUAAACUCGCCAAAUUCGGUCCAAGAGUCGAAUCGGGGGAUCACUCUGUCGGAAUUCGAGGCGCAAUGUCCCUGUACAUCGCCGUUCGGAUCAACGCCGAGAACGUCCGAACCAUCGGUUUCGGGGAAUAGUCUCCGGACGUCUGUGACGAGUCUGGAUAUGUGUCCGUGGCCCAAAAUGCAUUCCAAGGAGGAGGGGCCGAUAAAGUCUAGGUCAAUGGGGUGCGUGUUGGACGAAGGAGAGGAAGAGGGGGAGGAGGAAGUGCCGAUUUACAAGUCAGGCUUGUACGCCCACUGGUGGCUGAAAGCCAAAAUUCCGGCCAGUGUUCUUAGGGGGAUUUACGAGGAGACGCGUGCAGACGUCUCCGCUGGUAGCAGCCGGGAGCACUCCGUCCCCGCCCCGACCCGCGACUAACUCUCCGCCGCCGCCUCCGCCCCAUGGUCGCGGCUGGUCCGCCACGUCGCUUCGCCCCUCGCCGCCGCUCCGCCCCUGUCUCGCCUUCGGCCACGUCCCUUACAGUAGACCCGGCCCUCGUCUCAGUUACAAAGAGGACGGGU